GUGUAUAUAUUUGUAUUCAGAUAGUUCACUCGGAUGUCGGCCGCCUCCGCGCAGCCGGCAUCAUCCGGUGAUGCGCAGGAGGAGAAAGACAAGUCCCUAGUGGCGAGAGAUGAAGCUGUACCGGAACGCCCUUUGGACAUCGAACGCCUUCGCCGAUGCAUCAUAGAAUUUGUGCACGAAAACUUCCUUGAAGUCGUUUUUUGGCAAAUGCAAACGGCCAACAAAGAUUUCGAUGAGAUGCUCGGUGUUCAGGCAGUUGUCCUGCUUAGCAAAAUGGAUGAGAAAGAAAGAGGAGUUCUCCUCAUGGAACUGGUAACUAUCGUACAUGAAGCUUCUGCUCAGUGGCGGCAAGAGUAUGAGCGCGUCGUAGAUGCUAUACUUUACUACGCACACGCUGCAGGCGUGCUUUCAAUAAAUAUGUGCGUAGAGGGUUUAGCUCUCACAGCAGAUUUUACCCUUCGCACUAUCAUGGAUCCUCAGAAGUGGACUUUCAUCGAAGAAAAUAUACCGCUGAUGGACUACAAAGGUGUCAGGAGUUUGUUCAAAUGUUUGAUUUAUCAACAAUUCAACAGUAUACCGGCUCAACUGUCACCUGAACAAAGGCGGCAACUGCUGCCACCUGAGCGUAUUCUUUUGAAAAUUCUUGAUCCUGACCUCAACGUCAUUCCUCCCAUAUUCACGCUAACAGAACUGAGCAGAGGGAUACUGAAGCGCGCCUACAUGUUCCCUCGUCUAGCCCACAGACUGUCGGAACUGAUAAUGUAUUUCCGCGCUGUAGCUGAGCUUAGCUAUGUAAUUGGGAGGUGCUUCCUCUUCCCUCUACCAGCGCAUCCAUCUUUCGCUGCUUCAGCAGCAUCAUGUCGGAUCGAUCACUUGACUACUCAGAUAAGUCAUCGAGCUCCUUAUUUACCCUAUAAGGCUGAGCUGAGAGCUCCUCAGACCUACCUGCUGUACACUGUGAUUAGGCAACCACGAGGGAAAGAAGUGCUUUCGGGCCUCCUUCGUCAAGUUACCCAUGGCAGGACUCAGUGGGACGAAAUCUUAUCUGUCCUUAUAAGCGAGACUAUGGCUGAAGUGCAAAAGCUGCCUGAGGAGAUGGAGAUUCCACGAUAUCAGUGGGAAAAUCUUAUGAGCAUCAUCAUGUAUGGUAUCACGCAGAAACAUAUAAACCUGAGCAGGCUACUAAGUCUUCUAUCAAACGUCCUCGUGAAAACGGGAUAUCGGAGGGCGCGGGAUGAAGUGAUGUGGAUAAUGUUGCAAAUUGCUGGCACUUUCCAGCCACAUCUGCAGAAAGAACAAGUGGAGGAAAUGGCCAGGUUGUACAAUUUGCUCUUCAGCGACGAUGUUGUUUGGACUGGUGCUUCAGAUCAUCCUUCACAGCUAGUCAGAUUUCUUGCGGCAGCAUGCAUGUGGAACAUCUUGGAUGGUUCGGAAGGUCUCCCUCCGCCGAGUGAAUGUCUUGCUACGCAGAUCGAAUUUGUACGCUCGAACACGGGUCCUCCAGAUGAAGCCAUGCAGGCUGUGCUAGACAACGCUUUUCGUCAUGAAUCUCAAGUGUCACGCAGUGUUCAUGCCAUGUUCCAACAGCGUUUGGACGGCCAACCGACUGAUGAACCACACAUUUUACCCUACGGACGAGCUGCUAAUAAUAAACUAGACGCAUUUGAUAUGCAAUUUCUUGAUGCUUUGACGUUGAGAGCAAAAAUUAAUCUUCUUAUCUCCACAUGUUUUGUCUCACUGCAUAAAGUGGACCGACUCCCGAGCCCUGCUUGUGUCGAGACAUGUGCGAGAAUCCUAACAUCGAUUGAGUUCGACUAUGGUCUCACUAACUUCAUCGCGAUUCUGAACCGAUCCAUCACUGCAGCACUAUCCCCAGCUCCUUCUGAUGGUUUAAAUCAUAAAGAUCAGUGCUACAUGCUGCUAGAUUUACUCUGCUAUAGACUGCCAUCGAUACCAAUGAACUUUCGUACUACGAUGUCGCAUUCCCAUGAUCCCACACCAGCAGGAUUACGUCUUUGUAUGACCAUUCAUAGCGCUAUGGCACAGCAGCAAGUUGCGUCUAACCAUCUUCUGUACUCCGCCAUGGAGCAUACGCUUAUGCGUCAGUGGGCCUGGAAUCUCUUGCCAGACACCAUAAGUUUAGCUCACUUGUUCGUGGAUAAUGCAUUUGGGAACACUCUGCUUAAUCUGAAUUCUUGGAUGGUUUAUAAUCCCAUGGAUAACACGAGAAUGGGUAGACUAGUAGUUUGUCCUGAGGUCGUCCGAAUGCUGCUUAUCACUAUGAUGAGGGCAAUGAAAAUCAUGGGAAUCGAAAGUGAUCCGGAGAUAAUCCGCAUCAACCAGGUCUAUACUUGGGCGCCUAGUCAGCUGUCGUCAUUGCCGCUAUCCGCGCAGCGAACGGCAAUUACGCUUGAGGAGGAUCCAGCAAAAGCGGAAGCCUUCCAGCGGGAGGUCCACACUGACUUUAUGCAAAUGAGAGGCCAGCCUGAGAUGUCCUGGAUGGAGUAUAUGUCUCUCCCUUCGCGACAGCCAACAAUUCUAUGUGUAAUUUUUCGUUCACUUAUAGAAAGUCCUCCGGAGCACCAGAUUGUGCCGCCUGUGAUCUAUCAAAUUCUUGAUCGCCAAACUUGUCGCGAGCAUGUAUUAGCUGUAAAUGCUCUGGUGGACUACAUCAUUUCUCAAUGGAACGCAGAGAAGAACUUGGAGGAGUUCUUGCCUAUGAUGAUUCGUGUACUGAAUAUGAUGGUUUUCCACAGACAUGUCAUGACCUUUGAUAGGCUUCUCUUGGCACUAGUUUUACAUCCAGCAACAGAUCACGCUAGCCAAAUCGCAAUGGUUAUUGUCCAGGCUCUUCUGAACUGCACAGAGAUCAACGAACGGAUUGAUUUCUACUGCCGAUAUAUACCUAAACGGGACGUAGACGCUCCGGAGCACUUCCGCCGUCUUGCCGAGUAUCAUAGGAAGUUUCCCGAAAUGACAUUUGGUGAAAUGGCCAAUAGACCCCCAAUGAUGGCCGAAAUAAUCAACUCAAGAGCGCAUUAUCCAAUAUAUUACGGCAGUCUUAUUGAACGAUUGUUGCCGAUUCUCGAUUUCACACUCGCCAGAGCUUUGGAACUACAGGUGGACAAUAUUUUCUCGACUAUACUGACAACAUGCGGGCCUAUGUACAAAUUUCAUCCCUAUCCCAUCACAUUCCUCUAUUCGAUUCUAUUUUGCAUGCAUGAACAAUUGGGGCAUCACCCAAGAGCCCGGCAAUUUGUACUGGCCAUUUUGUGUCAAGGUGAUCAAAGUUCUCUGACGCAGUCAUUCAUCAACGAUAACCAUCAAAGAGUAUACUCUUUUGAGGAACUGGUCUAUGAAUUGGCGGACAGGAUAAUCACUUGCAGCGAGUUCAUAUUGACCCCUCCCUCGUAUGUUGCACCUGACUGGAGGUUCGCUGAAUAUCCGCCAGCCGCACAGGCUCUAUAUCUGGCAUGUAUCGAGCUUCUCGCUAGUCCGCACACACCCGAGCACAUCGUACCCGCAAUGAUUAAUCUGUUAGUGAGCUCAAGAGCUCAGCCGCCGAGACCGUAUCUCAUGUUGAAUGCCAUAGCGUUACUCCUAACGGCUUUGCCGGAUGCGUACUGUCGAGUGUUACAGAAUGAAUUUUUGAAUGUCAUUGACAGCGGAGUAUUAUCAGAGAUGACAUUCGAAGAAAUCGUGUUUGAUGAAUUCGAAGAGCGUCAGUUGCUGCAGAUGGCCAGCCGCCCACUCAUUGUGAAUGUUGUGGCGCAGGCGUACUGGUAUCACAGUAACCUGACUUCGUUAUCCAAGCUUAUCUCAACAUUUGCUGGUGAAGUAUGUAGUCGAGCAAAUACGGAAAAUGAUCUGUGGUAUGCUUUGCGGCUCGUUGUGCCGCUCCUUCAGAGGUGUUACGAUUGGAGGGAGAAGGUCAAACAUGAAGAGUUAAUAUUCCAGAGCCUCAAAGUUGUCAGUAUACUUUAUACAAAGAUUGGAGACAUUGCGGAACGUUACGGUGAAAUUUUGCAUGGGGAUGAACUUUGUGACCUACUUUACUAUUUCAAAUACAUGUUCGUGGGUGACUUUUUGAGAAAGGAGGCUGAAGCAGCUUUUCCAAGAUUUCCACCAAGGAUGCGUGAACGACUGAAGUUUUACACAUCCUUCUCAUCGAACAAAGAAAAGGAUGAAGAUUGUGCGAAAGUGAGCACGGUGAACCGGCCAGACCUCGCAACGCUUCUGAAGACUUCGCGUGCUCACGCUCCAGACCGACCCGCGGACUCUGCUUCCUCAAGUACGGCCGGAGAACAUCAUUAGUUUCAUAUUUGUGUGAUAACUCCUUUGUUGAUCUCAUUUUGUACUAGUUUGUUAAUUAAUUUUUUGAACAGUGGGUGUAUGCAUCAGCUGUUAACAGGUUCGUUUUUGUACAUGUACAUAGAAUUGCAUAUGAAUAAGAUGAUUGUGAGA